GUAGUAGUAGUAGUAAUAAUAAUAGUAGCCAGAGCAUCUCGGGAGGUGGGGCGGAGGUGUUUCAAUAAAUGAGGGGAAACCGAGGGAGAGCCGUGGGCUGGAGGGAGGUUUCAGGGUGUGUGUGUGUGGGGGGGGAGUGGUAGCCAUGGUAAUGGGACGGAGGACAGUAAUAUUCCAACUCAUAUUCUGCAUUUAUAUGCCCCCCGUUCGUAUAUGUGAAUCGUAGCAACAGGCCUGCUGUACUAGGUCCGCACUGAGUGUUUAUAUCGAGGAGGAGGGGCUGAGUGGAAGGCCACGUAAGUAAAAAGUCCGUGGCAGUUUGAACAAAGUGUAACCUUGUUCUGUUGCCUGCCUACCUACCCACCAAAAGAUAUUUGCACAACGUCUCUGAAUCAUUCGCCCGACAGCGUUUGAAUAUGAAGCACAUUGGGAGGAGGGUAGCCUUGGCGCUUUUGUCACGGAUUCUCGGCCGAACAGCAAAGGCAGUGGUAGAAGUGUUUGAUAAGUAGGGUGGGUGGGGGUGCGUCUGUUUGCACCACCAAAAAAGUUCUCCUGCUAGCAAAAGCUAGAGCGGCCAGUAGUUCUUCUUUGCAGCAGUUGGCCAGAUGUAAGGAUACAGAGCAGCAUUCAAAUGCACUGGAGUUUCACGCCCAUCUGUCGCUCAAGAGGAUUUGCUUCCUGUCAUGAGAUCUGCUGCAUAGGCACUUGUUGCUGGAACUUGUAAAAAAAGUCUUGCCGCACUGCCGCAGCAAAAAAUAUAAACUGCCUCCACCGCGCAACCCUGAGCACUAUGCCACCCUCUGUCUCUGUCGCACAGAGGUGCCAGAACACACCAAAGGUGUGCCGGAACUCAGUUCCAGUGAGUUCCGGCUGAAAAAAAGGCCUGGGUGUUAUUAUUCCCACCCCAUUUUGUUACGUUUGUCUCACCAUGCUGUUCCAAAGAGCCUUUGGGUCAGAUGGAGUAAGCUUUAGCAUAGUGCAGCUCAUCAUUGUAAUCUUGUUCAGCAGCUAAAAGCCGCUGGGGAGGCCUCCAGUUUCAAUUCAGAAAUAAGAAGUUUUGAAAACACAGCCCUGCGGGGGUGGAGAUUGUGAACAGCAGGAUGGGGAUAGAUAUUGGGGGCAUAUUGGGAGGGAAGCGCGGAGAGGAAAGCAUAAGGAUGGUGAUUCUUUGUGUAGAGGUGGAGGCAGCAUGGAGCUUGGGAAGGAGGCUGAGUAACCAUGUUGGGAAGAAGGGAGGAAACAUUCAUUGAUAUGGGACACCAAAGGGUAACAUCAGGUGGCAAGUACUGAUGUUCACAAAUAGGGACUACUUUGGAGCUGUUUCUGCCCGAAAUCAGCACCAUUGAAUUGGUAGGUACACUUGGGGCUCUGGAGGGUAGAAGAAAAGGGAGAUCACCACCUUAGUGACUCUCACGAAGGCUGCUGUUGGAAAUCUUUCCUUCUCCCACCUACUAUGAGAGACUUCAUAACUGAGAAGGGCAGUAAGUAGUCCUGGUAGCAGGAGUCAGGUGAUGGUUAACCAUUGUUUACUGUAUAAUCUUAUCCAUGUCUACUCAGAGGUAAGUCUCAUUGAGUUGUAUGGGUCUUACACUUGGAGAAAUGGUGAUAAGAACUGUGCAGAGGGCUUCUCACUUGUAUCUUGUUCAUCCUUGUAACAACUCAAAGGUCAUCCACUUGGAUACUGGGCAACCGAGACUGAAACUAAUAGAGUGAUUCCUGAGCCAUUAAUAUCUAAGACUGAGCUGUACUUUGAUUACCCAGAUUUGCAUGUGUAGUUUAAACUACACAAGAUCCAGACUCUGUUCUCUAGGCACUGGGUCACAGUGGAUUCCCCCCUCCCCCCAGCCAUAAACACAUUCCUUUUGUAUUGUGUAUGGCUUUGAGUAGUAGCUGUCUUCUGACAAACUCAACUCUGGCCUGGGUGGAAGGGAUGGCUUUCAGAUUUUUGACAUCCUGAGUGUUAAACGCAGUGCCUCAUUAAAACUGACUCUUCUUUGCCAUCACCCUUCUAAUCCUAGAGUGAUUCUUUGCCAUAAUGGGUUGCCAAUAUUUUUGAACCCAUGGGCAAAUUUGGAAUCUUGUAAGAGUACCAUGGGGACCACUUCUUUGGCUUCUCUUUCUUGCCCCAGACUGAGUAAGCACACACAGAACCUUUGCUCUUCCAAGGGGUCUGGAUAAAAGCUGGAACCAGUGCAACUAACAUGGCUCCUCUUGAAUUUGCAUGAUAUUUACAGCAUCCUUCAAAAUUCACCAUUAUAUUAAAGCUUAAAGUGGUGCAACACACAGUAUGAAUACAGUGCUGGUGUUUGUCCACCACAGCCCCAAGGCAUGGGAUGUUAAAACCGACAACAAACCACAGAGUACAUUUGUGGAUACAACAGUCCCCUAUCACUUGGUGGCGGUUUUCAGGGGAACUAUUAUGAGGAUCUAUAAGAAUUCAUGCAUGUUGAAUCCCUGUUGUAUCAUGGUGGUUAUGCAAUUUCAAGAGGAUCUAUUUUACUGGAUCAAACAUUUAUGUGUGUGCACCUAUAACAGCGAAACCAGAUUCCUUCAUCUGCCCCGGCUGCAAUAAAACAUGUCCCUCCCAUGUUGGUCUGUACAGCCACAGCAGCUGCUGUAUCUUUCCAACGGUUUGACUUCAUCUCUGAUGGUGCACUCUUCCAUUGUCUAUUGAGGCAGAUGGCCGCCAGCAAUAUAUGCCUCCUUCCUCUCUGUCUCCCAUUCCUUUUCUCUCUUUGGUUACUUGCUUCUUGUUCCCUUUUACCCCACACACUUUAUAUUCUGUUAAGCUGCUGAUCUGAGCUUGAAAAGUAUAUAUCAUGCUGAAAGAGGAAGUGGGAAAGAGCAUUACUCUUCCAACUUCAUCGUUUACUACUCUGUAGUUUUCGGUGGGUUGGGGGAGUUAACAACCCAUGGCAUUUCAUGAUGAAGUGGGGUGUUCAGGGGAAGACCUCAAGGGUGCCGUUAUGCCCAUGGGCACCAUGUUGGCGAGUGCAGUUCAAGUCUACUUCUACAGUCUAGCACUUAACUUUGUAGCCAAGUCCUACAUUCCUGCAUCUUACACUGUUUAAUCUUUAAAGCUUUAAAAACCACACACCUUGACAAUCUGAUGAAAAGAACAUUACAUGCCCUCAUGGUGUUUUUCUUUUUUUAAAAAUGUCCAGAGCUAGUCAUGGACAUACCAGUUUUGGCAUGCGCUCAGAUGUUGAGUUGGCAUGUUCUUGAAAACCUUCCAAAUGUUAAGCAAGGUUGUGGAGACUUAGAGAUUGCUGAAACUGUUGUCAUGCUUGUUUCAUCACCUGGUGGAGCCUGUUUGUGUUGACUAAACUGAAAAUGAGCUAGAUAUAGUUGAGGAAAUCAUAAAGAGUUGGACUGAAGACCAUCUCGUUCAAUUCUCUGUCCCAAACCAGCAGAAACUGACAGAUCCAGGAGUAGCCAAGUGGGUGCCCUCCAGAUGUUGACGUCAUUGGACUCUCAGCACCCCUGACCAUUGGCCAUGCUGACUGGGGCUGAUGGGAGUUGGCAUCCAGCAACUGAGGCUUCCCCUGAACCAGUCCUUGAUCCCGUCUAGGCUCCAGUGAUACUCGGCUGAGAUGAUUUCCAAGAAGGCAGGUCCAUGAGGUCCAAUCAUACAUGGGCCGCCUCGAGACAUCAGACAAGCAGUCAGUCCACUUGGUGGAGAACGAAAUCCAGGCGCGAAUAGACAGGAUCUUCAGCAACUUGGAACGGUUGGAAAUCUUUUGUAACAAGGAGCCUCCUAGCAAGCGGCAGAAUGCCAAGCUACGAGUCGACCAGCUGAAAUACGACAUCCAGCACCUGCAGACGGCGUUGAGGAACUUCCAGCACCGGCGUUACGCACGGGAGCAGCAAGAGAGGCAGCGGGAGGAGCUUCUGGCCCGAACAUUCACCACUAACGAUUCUGACACCACCAUUCCGAUCGAUGAAACCUUGCAGCAUAACGAGUCCCUCCAAAAUGCUCACCGUGGCAUGGACGAUCUCAUUGGCAGUGGGACCAGCAUUCUGCAGGGCCUGAGGGAUCAGAGAGUCACAUUAAAGGGCACCCAGAAGAAAAUCCUGGAUGUUGCAAACAUGCUCGGCUUAUCCAACACAGUCAUGCGCCUCAUUGAGAAACGUGCCUUUCAGGAUAAGUACUUCAUGAUCGGAGGCAUGAUCGUGACCUGCGUGCUCAUGUUCCUCAUGGUGCAGUACCUGACGUGAGCGGCGAGAGAACUUCCCAGCGGACUGUGAUGGACUGACUGCCUUUCUUCAUAGACUCCCAGCGUAACGGCGAACCUCCUGCCUCCCGGACUGGUCACGUUCUCUCCUUACGGCAUCGUGAGAUGGCUCAGAUUUAGCAUACGUGGACUCAGGCGCUUGGUGCUGAAGGGGUGCUUACAAAGCCACACGGCGCCGAGAUGCAGUGUAAUUCUUCAGCCAGGUGGUUGGCUGUCUGUCUGUGCCCCACACAGGUUUAGCAGACAUUGGCAUGCGGUUGUCAUGCACUGCUCACAUGAGCGGUGCACAUUCAUGUGGUCACAGAACCCCCGUGCAAUCGUGACGGAAUCUAUGAGAAAACUCCCAACGACUGGGCAGUCCGUGGAACUGCAGACCCUCUUGGUAUUCUUAUGAACCAGGUUACAUAUGUGAACGUUGUGGUCAGCUGAGCGGUUUUGAUUUAUUUUACCUUAAUAUAGUCCUAGGAGGCAAGGAGAGUAUUUUCCUGCCAUGGCUGAAACAAGUCGAAAUCUUCAUGGGCCAAAAAGAUCUUCUUUUUCGGAA